GGACUUCCGGUGCUGGCUCCGCGUCCCCAGGUUCUUGCCCGGCGUCCCUCAGCGCCCUAGACCGCCGUCAGCGACUCCCGCCGGCCGCGGGCUGCGCGGAAGGACUCUGGGACGCCCGCGAUGGAGGCGGUGACCUUCGAAGACGUGGCUGUGAACUUCUCCAGGGAGGAGUGGGCGCUGCUGGAUCCAUCCCAAAAGAAGCUCUAUGGAGAUGUGAUGUGGGAGACCUUUAGGAACCUGGCCGCCGUAGGAAAGAACUCAGAUUACCAACAAAUUGAAGAUACCUACAGAAAUUGCAGUAAGCAUCUAAGAAGUGAAGAUGUAGAGCAAUCCUAUGACUAUAAAUUAUGCUAUCAAUAUGGAGAAAUGGUUUCUGAGACUACAGAUGACCCCAGCAUGGCCACCAUUGCACUCAAGCGAUGUGAGCAGCGGGAAUUUCAAGAGAAGCUUUCUGCCUGUGACAAACAUGGUAAAGCCUGCAUAGAAUUCCAGUCCUAUGAGAAACAUGCAAGCAUAAGUCUUGGGGAGAAACCUCAUGAAUAUAUGGCAUGUACAGAAUCCUAUUCUGACUGCACUGAAGAACGGGCCAUUGAAGAGAACCCAGAUGUAUUAUCAUUCAUAGGUGGUGUUCAAAGGUGGGAAAGGAGUCACAGUGAAGUGAAUAUGUAUACUCUUCUACUAUGGGGUAAAGGUCUUAAUUCUCAUUAUGGUCAUCAGACACAUGAAAAAAAUUACUCUGUAGAAAAAACCCAUGUAGAUAACCAUUAUGGAAAAUGCUUCAUUAACAAUUCAUUAGGCAAUUAUGGAAGAACUUAUAAUGGGCAGAUACGUUAUAUAUGUAAACAUUGUGGGAAACCUUUCAGCAGAAAAGGGAAUUGGCAAAUGCAUGAACGAGUUCACACUGGAGAGAAACCUUAUGUAUGCAAGCAUUGUGGGAAAGCUUUCAGCAGAACGGAUAACUGGCAAAGGCAUGAACGAGCUCACUCUGGGGAGAAACCCUAUAUAUGUAAGCAAUGUGGGAAAGCUUUCAGCACGCAUCAUAAAUACCAAAUACACGAAAGAAUUCACACUGGAGAGAAACCUUAUGCAUGUAAGCAAUGUGGGAGAGCUUUCAGCACACAUUAUAAGUGUCAAAUACAUGAGAGAAUUCACACCGGAGAGAAACCCUAUGCAUGUAAGCAAUGUGGCAAAACUUUCAGAACAAAUAGUGUUUGUAAAAUUCAUGAACGGACUCAUACUGGGGAAAAACCUUAUCUAUGUAAGCAAUGUGGAAAAGCUUUCAGCAGACAAGGUAGUUGUCAAGAACAUGAAAGAACCCACAGUUCAGAGAAGCCCUAUGUAUGUCAGCAGUGUGGAAAAGCUUUCAAAACACGCAGAACUUCCCAACUUCAUGUAUGGACUCAUACUGGGGAAAAACCCUAUGUAUGCAAGCAAUGUGGGAAAGCGUUUAUCACACUCAGAGGUUAUGAAUUACACAUACAGGCUCACACUGGGGAGAAACCCUAUGCAUGUAAUCAUUGUGGAAAAGCAUUUAUGAGACAGAGAGAUCGUGAAACACAUAUACGGACUCACACUGGGGAGAAGCCUUAUGUAUGUAAGCAGUGUGGGAAAGCUUUUGUCAGACAAACAGAUUUUAAGAGACAUGAACGGACUCACACUGGGGAGAAACCCUAUGUAUGUAAGUACUGUGCGAAAGCUUUCACAACAUCUCAUAAGUGUCGAAACCAUGAAAGAAUUCACACUGGAGAGAAACCCUAUGUAUGUAAGCAAUGUGGAAAAUGUUUCCACACAAGGACUCUUUGUCAAACUCAUGAAUGGAUGCACACUGGGCAGAAGCCCUAUGUUUGUACACAAUGUGGGAAAUCAUUCAGCAGAAAAUCAGGUUGGGAAACACACAAGAGGACUCACACUGGUGAGAAACCCUAUGUAUGUAAGCAAUGUGGGAAAGCCUAUGUUGCACAGAGGGAUUAUAAAACACAUGUAAGCACGCACAGUGGGGAGAAGCCCUAUGUAUGCAACCAAUGUGGGAAAGCUUUCAGCAGGCAGUAUAGAUGUGAAGUACAUAAGAGAACUCACACAGGGGAGAAACCCUAUGUAUGUAAGCAGUGCGGAAAAGCUUUUAGCAUAAGUAAUGUUUGUAAAAUGCAUGAACAGACUCACACUGGCGAGAAACCAUAUGUGUGUAACCACUGUGGGAAAGCUUUCAACAGACAAUAUAAUUGUCAAGUACAUAAAAGAACUCAUACAGGGGAAAAACCUUUUGCAUGUAAGCAUUGUGGGAAAGCUUUCAUAACCAGUGCUAUUUGUCAAAGUCAUGAACGGACUCACACUGGAGAGAAACCAUUUGUAUGUAGGCAAUGUGGGAAAGCAUUUAGUGGACAAACACGUUGGAAAAUACAUGAAAAAUCUCACAUGAGAAGCCCUGUAUAAGCAGUGUUGGGAAGCUUUGUUAUAUAUGUUUUUAUGCACUUAGUACAGGGUCUGCAGGGUCUCACUGCACAGAUUGGACUUCAAGUGAAGCU